GCCGGUGGUUGGCGGAGGGGCUGCUCUAUUGUGACGGGAUCCGGCGAGGAAGGGGAUUAGGGGCACCGGGGGAGGAUUCCUCCCGCCCGGACGGCACCAUGAGCUCCCUGGGUGGGGAGACCUCGUCGUCCGACGCCUCCUCUCCGCCCCCGCAGGACGAUGGCAUGAUGUGGUGGUACCGUUGGCUGUGCCGGUUGGCCGGGGUCCUGGGGGGCAUCUCUUGUGCAAUUUCUGGCCUCUUCAAUUGUAUCACCAUUAACCCACUCAACAUUGCAGCCGGUGUGUGGAUGAUGUUAAAUGCCUUCAUUUUAUUUUUGUGUGAGGCACCUUUCUGUUGCCAGUUCAUUGAGUUUGCAAACACAAUUGCUGACAAGGCUGACCGGCUGAGGCCUUGGCAGAAGGCUGUCUUCUACUGCGGGAUGGCAAUUUUCCCCAUUUUCAUCAGCCUGACUCUGACCACCCUUCUGGGAAAUGCUAUUGCCUUCUCCACAGGCGUGCUUUAUGGACUUUCAGCACUUGGCAAAAAGGGUGACGCAAUUUCCUAUGCAAGGAUCCAGCAGCAGAAGCUGCAGAAGCAGCAGGCAGAUGAGGAGAAACUGACAGGGACCCUUGAAGGGGAGCUGUGAGCAUCUGGCCCAGGCUCAGGGCCUUCCUCUGGGGCCUUAAGAUGAGCCUUUCUUCUCUAGUUCCAGUUUGCUGGCCCUCACACCUUCCCUUUCUGUGGGAGGACAGACAUUUGGUCAGAGUGGAGUGGAGAGGACAAAGACCGUGUUGUCAGCACAUGGCAACUUUGAGAAAAGCAUUUAAUUAGCAGCUCUUGGACAGUGCCUGGCAUAUAGUGAGUGCUUGGGAAACACUAACUCAGGUGAUCCUGCCUCUCCAUCUUUCUCACCCUAUCACUUGAAGACACACUUGCAUCCUUCACCAGACUUGCUGCUUUUGGGCUGGAUCUGCUUAUUGACUUCAGGUCAGCCAGGGAUGAAAUUAACAAGGUCUGUGGCAGGCACAACAGAAAAUAGGAGCAGAAAUCAUGAGUCACAAGACAGGUCUGGAAGACAAGAGUCCUUUGGAGGAAGUUCGGCUGCCCAGCUUCCUGGGGCCAUGAGUUCUUCAGUUGGAAAUCGAGCAGAGCAAGCAACCUCUUUCACAUUUGCUGCCCCUAUAGACUGGUUUGUAACUGGCUGCCAGAUUGACUUUCAUACUUAAUAUAUUUUGAAAAUUAUCUGAUGGCCCAAUAGAGAUGUGGGAGUAAACACUGCUUCCCCAUUUCCACUACCUGAAACUAACUGAAACAAUCUUUCAUCCCUGUUCUUCAGAGGUAGAAGAUACCUGGGAUUCUGGCCUUGCUGUACAGGACAGGGCAAAACAUCCCCAUUUACAUCUGUUACAUCAAACUGACAUUCAAGGCCAUUUCUCACUCAGGGGCAAGAUAUGGUUCAGUGAUGGCAGGGGCUGCAUUUCAAGAGGCCAGAGUCUGGUAUGCGAUCUGCCUUCACUAGGAGUCAGGUCCAGCAGGUCAGGGCCAGAGCUGUCUGUGGGCUUGAGGCAUCGUCUUGAUCUUGGGCCUAGCUGAGCCUCCUGUUUCUUCCUCUUUGCCUUUUGUCCCUCCGUUUCCCCACUUGCUACAUUAAGUUAUGGACAUUGAAAGCUCUGGAUCCUUAUAAGCUAUCUGUAAAGGAUCUUCCAGUUUCUCUGAUCACCUCUUCUUUAUAUCUCACUUGGGAUGCAAAAGGCUUUGGAGUGAAAAGAUAGACUUGAGCUUAUUAACAUGUGAGAUGUCUCUCCUCCCAGUAGUUCCUUUGACCCUACCCUGGGGUCAAAGUGCUGAGGUCAGCUGGAGCUCAGGGCUAGGACAACUGGCUAUUGUGUUCCCCUCACCACGCUACAGGCCCAGGAAGGUUCUUGACUGGUUUCCACAAGAGGGAGAAUAACCUGAAACCAUGGGAAGUGAUAGGGGAAGAUCAGUCCCAGUGAUAUUCUCUGCACUUCCCUCUGAAUUUCCAUGGGAGUUCAUGCAAAUCAAUCUACAUGCCAUCCUACCUGUCGUUUGGUGAUUCCCCAUUGGCCUCCCAGGACCAAGGGGUAGCCAAGCCCUGCUAUCAGCAGGAGGUGCUUGGUGCUAAGGUGUACAGAGGAGUGCUCCUGAGCCUUCCUCUAGGUGAGCCCAGAGCAGGGGCUCUGAUGCAGGUCGUCUUCAGUGACCCAGGUCCCACAUGUGUGGGCAAUAGCUCAAGUCAUUUUAGAACUGACCAAAAUAGAACCUUUCUCCAUGUCCUGUUGGACUGUAGUUUUGGGUUCAUUAUCUGUGAAGAUGGAUCCAUGGGGAUGUGGGAAGAAAUCACACCAGCUGAUUUCAAAGCCCAAAGUCCCUACAUCUACCCUUCAUUCUCAAAUGUCUGUACUUGCUAUUCUUUCCCAUAUUGAGAUAUAUUCCCCCCAUUAUACCUUUUCUUCCUCCAAGCCCUCAAGCCCAGUGAAUCAUCUUGUAUUAGCUACAGUAGAGAUGCAGGUGUCUGGUGAUGAAUCCAGGGUGAGGUAGCCCAGUGGUUGGCAUACUACCCCAAAUUAAAGGCAGGAAUGGUGGUUUUGGCCUGAGGCUUCUCUACGUUGUGGCAUUAACGUCCAAGAUUGGGAUCUGGGCAUGGAGAGGAAGCUCACAUUAGAAACAUUUCUUCUUCCACCGCAAGCUGUUUGCUUCCUGGACUGCUCACUAAUCUCAUUUGCCACCUUUCCUUUUCAGACUUUAUCUCCUGCAGUGCCUGUGACUUCAGACUUACACAUGACCACAGUAGUCAUUCAGUCUUUAUGCAGUGGUCUGAUCUGAGCUGGUGUAAAAGUUUCACUUGAUUGUAUCUUAUGCUGCGCCAAGACUGACCCUCUGUGGAGUUCCUUUGGUCACUGGCCCUGAAGGACUUCCAGGGUUGCUGCUGAAUGGGGAGUAGUAGAGGACAGCCCAGAUUGGCUUGGGGGAGGGGAGAGGCUGGGGAUGUGGGCUCUUUAUUGAGUCCUCUGCUAAUAUUUCAGAAGAUUUUACCUUGUGGGAAGGUGUUUCACAUCUUCCUUUCUUCUUGCUGCAAUUUUAAUUACUUAGUAGAUCUGGGAGUUAGGUAUGGAGAACAGACUCUCUGCCACCUUCCAUCCCUCAAGGGCUUUGAACUUAGCUUGUGAGAGUACAGACUGUUUGGGAGCUGGAUUCCCAAACUGAGCCAUUGUGUGUGUCUCUAGGAGAAUUUAUACCCCAGACUUCCCCACUGGCAUGGUCGUUGCUCACUUGAAUUCACUCUGACCUGUGAGUUUUUGACCAGGUGAAACCUUUGGGGGUUUGCUGCUGAUGUUGCUGUUUUGUGUUUUUUAAGGCAGUGAUCUAACUGACCUCUGCCUGUUUGCAUCCUGUGGCCUAGUUGGCUCCUUCCUAUCACUAAUUAGUAUCCUUAACUGACAUCCAGGCCACUGAUGGCAACAAUCAGCAUUUAUUAAUCCCUACGGGAUGUAAGGACCUGUCACUGUUAAAAUUUUCAGAAGAACUAAUGUAGGCCCUUAUAGUGGGCCAGGCCUUAUUCCUUUCUGGGUGCAAAGGGAUUGGUUGAUCCCUAUAUAAUAUUUUAUAUCGGCUAUCAGAGGCCCAACUAUUGUACAAGUAAAAACACUACAGAGCCGGUACAUCUCAAGCAAGAAAGAGUCAUAAUAAGGUCUUAGAUAUAACACUAGCCAAAAUCUUACAGGAGCCAUGUGACCAGGAAGGGCUGAGCAGUGGUUGGAUGUUAAACACUCUUAUUAGGAGCUGUGGGCAUCCUGGACAGUGUCACUAGAAAUGCAGAACUAGAUAAGUGAGGCAUUAAACCUUUUCUAGAAAAUGUUAGCUCUCCCCAUCGUCACAGUUAUAAUAUGGUUGACUUUGUGGAAGCAGGUAAGCGUAUUAGUAUGGAACCAUACUGUCCACAGAGCCAGACCAAGCUUAGUCUCAGCAAGCUAUUUAAGGAUAAAAUGGGAUCUGGCUCUCUGGAGAAAGGCAUAUAUGUCUUCAAGGAGGUAGCCCAUUUCUCUUUGGAGACAUUAUUUUUUAGUUCAUGGAUCACUACAGUGACUCUCAGCCAUAAGUGGCCCAAACAGGAUCUGAAGAGCAUUGUAUUGAAAGCAUUGUUGGAGAAGGCAGCAAGUACUCUCCUAUGCUUGCAGGAUGAUCCCAUCUUUUUGUGUAUGCAGUGAAGACCAUUUUACCUCCUUAUAGAGUGUGGAGAUUUCUGUCUUUUUUUUAAAAGAUCAAGCAAAAACUAAGCAGCAGAGAUCCCACCACAGAGGGGUUGCAGUAUACAGAGGAGUCUGGUAGUGGAUCGGAAUGAUUCUCCUGGCAGGCCUCCUUUUGCCUUUCUGCCUACCUAUAUAUUUACUACUGUAGCUCAGGCAGUUACUCAGGGAAUUCAGGUGACAUUUAGGUUGAGUGUUAGUGAUGCCUUAUUCCUGUGCUCUGUUUAGGUUUGCUAGUCGAUACGAAAUCCCUGAGAAGCAGCUUCAUAAGGUGGGCAGACAUCAUCCUCGGGGGUUGCUGAGUGUGUCCAACCUAAACCAAGAAGGGAGGGUGUUUGUUUUUCAGACGUGAGGAUUUUGGUGCUUUGGUGCUUUGAAUAAGAGUGAUAAGAUUGGAAGAAAUUUUCAAGGUCAUCUAGUAGAACUCUUUUUACAGAUGAGAUGGAGACCCAGAGAGGAGAGCUGUCAUAUAGAGUUUAUGAUGAGCCAAGACCAGUACCCAGGUUUCCUGCUUCACAGGCCAGCGUUCUUCCCAUUGUGCUAUAUGAUAUCCAAAAUAAAGGGCAAAGGGAGUCUGAGGAAGAUCUGUCUAUCCUGAGCCAUGGGGGGGUUUGCUGUAGACUUGAAUAUUUAUUUCCUUUUCCCGAAUUUUCUCUAUUUAUCUAGAUUUUCCUUGUUUAGCUUUACAGUGUCAUUUGCAUUUUGGGCAAUAAAAUGUGGCAUUUGUCAGUGUGA